AUAUUGAAUGGUAUGGGAUGGGGUGACGAAUGUGGAUGAAAAUACAGCGGAAUAAAACCAAGUAGGCGAUAAAUAGAAAGAAAGGAAAGCGAAAAGGGCGGGGAAAGGGAAACAAUCGAAGAGAAAAGAGGUGAGGAAGAGUCAAGAGAGCGAGUCAAACGACACCACGCUUCUCUAUCUCUUAUAUAUAGGCAUACUUAUCUCAAAUAAGUCUCUCGCUCGCUCGCUCUCGCUCUCGCAUUUGAGAUCUGCACAUACAAUCACAGGUCCAGUUUUAACAUGGAUACCUUCCUAUUCACCUCUGAGUCUGUAAAUGAAGGCCACCCAGACAAGCUUUGUGACCAGGUCUCGGAUGCCAUCCUUGAUGCCUGCCUUGCGCAAGAUCCUGAGAGCAAGGUUGCCUGUGAGACCUGCUCAAAGACUAACAUGGUCAUGGUCUUUGGUGAGAUCACAACCAAGGCUAACGUGGACUACGAGAAAAUUGUCCGGGAUACUUGCAGAGGCAUUGGCUUCACAUCAGCUGACGUUGGCCUCGAUGCUGACAACUGCAAGGUCCUUGUCAACAUUGAACAGCAGAGUCCUGACAUAGCCCAAGGAGUUCAUGGACACCUCACCAAGAAGCCUGAGGAAAUUGGUGCUGGUGACCAAGGCCAUAUGUUUGGCUAUGCUACUGAUGAAACACCUGAGCUCAUGCCAUUAACUCACGUCCUCGCCACCAAGCUUGGUGCCAAGCUAACUGAGGUGAGAAAGAACAAGACAUGCCCAUGGUUAAGGCCUGAUGGGAAGACCCAGGUUACUGUUGAGUACAAGAAUGAAGGUGGAGCCAUGGUGCCUAUCCGGGUUCACACGAUUCUUAUCUCAACACAACAUGAUGAGAAUGUCACUAAUGAGCAGAUUGCAGCGGACCUGAAAGAGCAUGUGAUUAAGCCUGUUAUCCCAGUUCAAUAUCUUGAUGACAAGACCAUCUUCCACCUCAACCCUUCUGGUCGGUUUGUUAUUGGUGGGCCUCAUGGAGAUGCAGGACUCACUGGCCGUAAGAUUAUCAUUGACACUUAUGGUGGAUGGGGUGCUCAUGGUGGAGGCGCUUUCUCAGGCAAGGACCCCACAAAGGUGGACAGAAGUGGUGCAUACAUUGUUAGGCAGGCUGCCAAGAGUGUGGUGGCCUCUGGUCUUGCUCGGCGCUGUAUUGUGCAGGUCUCUUACGCAAUUGGUGUGCCAGAACCAUUGUCAGUUUUUGUGGACACUUACAAGACUGGCAAGAUUCCAGACAGGGAUAUCUUGGAAUUGAUCAAGGAGAAUUUCGACUUCAGGCCUGGAAUGAUUGCUAUCAACCUCGACUUGAUGAGAGGAGGCAAUUCCAGGUACCAGAAGACUGCUGCUUAUGGCCAUUUUGGACGUGAUGACCCAGAUUUCACAUGGGAGACUGUCAAGCUUCUCAAGCCCAAUGCCUAAGUCUUUGGGAUUGGCUUGAUACAUUUCCUGGAAGUGGUUAUCAUCGUAGCCAUCAUUCUGCUCAUGGGGGGUAUAAUAAAGAAGCUUCAGCACAUGCAAGUGAUUCUGAGAUGAACAUGUUCCAAGGGUUCAAGUGAGAAGGGAUUCAGGAGUUUUUCUUUUCU